GCCGCGCUGUCGCUUUGUCUGCGCCGCUGACGGAUUGUUUCAGAUCAGUUUCAGAGACUUUCACCCAGAUUUCAUGUUUGACACGUGAAGCGGUUGAAGUGUAAAUGAGGAGCAAACACAAAGCGCCCACUCAGGACUGUUUGGUGCAGAUCAGCGCCUCGAUCCACCGACUGAUGACUAUUUCUGUUAGCAGUUAGUCUGCCUCAUACGUUUUUUUUUUCAAAGCUAAAUGAUAGUUUGUUCUGUAAUCGUGUCCCAGAAAUCACAAUCCAAAGUGACAUCUUCAGAUUUGUUCAACCUGCACUCCAAAACUGAGUCAUGACAGUUUCUCCCAUAAGAACCUGGAAUCACACGACGUUUGGCAUCUUGUCUUUGUUUCUUUCCGCUGGAACACUCUUCAACACUGUGGGCUCAUUUUUCACAUCUUUACAAGCAACAAAAUCACCACGAAAAGGUGCAAAGUCACCACAAAAGGUGCAAAGUCACCACAAAAGGUGCAAAGUCACCACAAAAGGUGCAAAGUCACCACAAAAGAUGCAAAGUCGCCACAAAAAGAUGCAAAGUCGCCACAAAAAGAUGCAAAGUCGCCACAAAAGGUGCAAAAUCACCACAAAAGGUGCAAAAUCACUACCAAAACACACACAAUCAUCACAAAAAGAUGCAAAAUCACCACAAAAUGAUGCCCAAGUACAACAGACUCACAAAAUCAGCACAAAACUCGAAAUCACAACAAAAACACACAAAACUGCAACAAAAACAGAUGAAAUUAAGACAAAAAGUUCCAAAAUCACUACAAAAAGAUGUAAAAGUACAACAAAAACACAAAAAUCACGACAAAAACGCAUAAAAUCACCACAAAAACGCACAAAAUCACUACAAAGAGAGUUAAAAUUAUUGCAAAAACACACAAAAUCACCACAAAAAGAUGCAAAGACACACAAUUACCACAAAAUCACUAAAAAGAUACAAAAUCACCACAUAAAGAUGCAAAAAUCACCACAAAAUGAUGCCCAAGUACAACAGACUCGCAAAAUCAGCACAAGACAUGAAAUCACCACAAAAACACACAAAAUCGCUUCAAAGAGACAUGAAAUUAUUGCAAAAAGACACAAAAUCACCACAAAAAGACACAAAAUCACUAUUAUAACAUGCAAAAUGACCACAAAAAGAUGCAAAAUGACCACAAAAAGAGGCAAGAUCACAACAAAAACACACAAAAAUCACUAAAGAAGAUACAGAAUCACCACAAUAGAUGCAAGUCCUGCCCCUGUAUGCAAACAUCACUGAACCCAAAAUAAUGUCCUCUGCUGUUUUACACAAAAUGACAUAAAUCAUGAAAAACAUAAUAAGAAAAGUUAAUUUUCUUUGAUUAUUUACAAAUAAAAAUGGAGUCAACAUGUGGAGCACUUUGUUUUUGUUUGUUUCGGUCCACAGGUGUUAGAAUUAAUGGAAAAAUGCGGUGAAUCUACACAAUAAACUGAUAAUUGUGUUUCUAUGCGUAUCUAUCUACCUGCAGUUCAGCCAAAAAGUCCCUGAAUUUUUAUAGAGUGACUUUUAGCUGCUGAGUCAUUAAAAGCUUUUUAUCUGCAACAAGAAACACAGAAUUUUUUUAUUUUUUACAGAAUCUGGUUCGAGCAAAUGGUUUAUUUUUGGUGAAUUUUUAAAUAAGACGUGUGAAUAAAUGUCGUAAUUUUAAGCUCAGUGUUCAGAGCAGAUGAAUGAUGGGUUUAGGGUUCAGAGCGUUAAUCGGUUAUUAAAAGGUUCUGUAAUUACUGAAUAGUCACAGAUGUAGUCAGUACAAAAUAAAAGCACAUAAAAUCUGAGUCGUCAUGAUUAGUUUUUUUCUUUAUUUCUAGCUGUAGAGACGUGUUUGAUGAGUAAAGACAAUAUUAGGACCGCUACAGUUCAGAGCCUUAAACUCUGUGAAACAUAAUUUACUGCUGGGAUCAAACUGUUCUGCAUAUAAAUGAGGUCGACCUUCUGCCCUCAGAUUAACUCAUUUAUGUGCACAAGAGCUGCACUGUCAUCUUCAUUAGUGUAUUUUAAUAUUUCUAAAGCUCUGUUCACCCAGAGUCGCCUGUUUAGCCUUAUUUGUUUCGUGUAUUUCACUAAAAAGAUCCGUCAGUUAAAGGAUCUGAUCUCUCUAUAACAGAGACACUGAUGGAGUCAGAAAGGCUUUUGAUAAAGUAUCAAAGAGAUUCGUCACUCAGGGACGGAUUAUCAAGACGUCGACUUCUAACAACCUUGAAAUGAAAGGCGCCACUGUUAAUAAGCGACAUAAUGAGUUGUAAUGGCUCCACCAUUGUUAGUAUGCAGAGCGCACGGCGGCCAGCGAUUGGUUUUUCUGUCUGAAUACACGACAGCGGCACACGUCUGCUGCCGGUCAUCAGCUCACAAUGACACGUUUUAUACCCACACACUCACUUGAUCACACAAAAUUACAACAGAGACGCAAAAUCACAACAAAAACAGACAAAAUUACCACAACAAGAUGCAAAAUCACAACAAAAACUGAUAAAAUUACCACAAAAAGAUGCAAAACCGCAACAAAAAUGGACAAAAUUAACACAAAAAGAUGCAAAAUCGCAACAAAAAUGAACAAAAUUACCACAAAAACAUGCAAAAUCACAACAAAAACAGACAAAAUUACCACAACAAGAUGCAAAAUCACAACAAAAACAGGCAAAAUUACCACAAAAAGAUGCAAAACCGCAACAAAAACUGAUAAAAUUACCACAAAAAGAUGCAAAAUCACAACAAAAACAGGCAAAAUUACCACAAAAAGAUGCAAAACCGCAACAAAAACUGAUAAAAUUACCACAAAAAGAUGCAAAACCGCAACAAAAAUGGACAAAAUUAACACAAAAAGAUGCAAAAUCGCAACAAAAAUGGACAAAAUUACCACAAAAACAUGCAAAAUCACAACAAAAACAGACAAAAUUACCACAAAAAGAUGCAAAAACUGAUAAAAUUACCACAAAAAGAUGCAAAAUCGCAACAAAAAUGAACAAAAUUACCACAAAAACAUGCAAAAUCACAACAAAAACAGACAAAAUUACCACAACAAGAUGCAAAAUCACAACAAAAACAGGCAAAAUUACCACAAAAAGAUGCAAAACCGCAACAAAAACUGAUAAAAUUACCACAAAAAGAUGCAAAACCGCAACAAAAAUGGACAAAAUUAACACAAAAAGAUGCAAAAUCGCAACAAAAAUGGACAAAAUUACCACAAAAACAUGCAAAAUCACAACAAAAACAGGCAAAAUUACCACAAAAAGAUGCAAAAUCACAACAAAAACAGGCAAAAUUACCACAAGAUGCAAAAUCACAACAAAAACAGGCAAAAUUACCACAAAAAGAUGCAAAAUCACAACAAAAACAGGCAAAAUUACCACAAAAAGAUGCAAAACCGCAACAAAAACUGAUAAAAUUACCACAAAAAGAUGCAAAACCGCAACAAAAAUGGACAAAAUUAACACAAAAAGAUGCAAAAUCGCAACAAAAAUGGACAAAAUUACCACAAAAACAUGCAAAAUCACAACAAAACAGACAAAAUUACCACAAAAAGAUGCAAAACCGCAACAAAAACUGACAAAAUUACCACAAAAAGAUGCAAAAUCGCAACAAAAACUGACAAAAUCACAACAAAAACAAACCAGAUCACAACAGAAAGAUGCAGUCCUGCACCUCUAUGCAAACAACACAACAUAAAAUAAUGUCUUCUGUAAUGUUUAACAGUUAAAAUGACAUAAAUCAUUAAAAAAUGAGAAAAGCUCAUUUUAUUUGAUUAUUUACAAAGAAAAAUGGAACCAUCCUGUACAGCACUUUGUGAUUUUGUUUGUUAGAAAUUCUGAAAUAAAUACGAUGAAUCUACACAAUAAACGGAUAAAUGCGUUGUUUCUGUACGUUUUUCCCUCUGAGUCCCUGUGAUGUCCACAAACACUGAUCAGCGUGAAACGUGGAAGUUAAACCUCGUUUCCAGGUUUGAUUUUCUGGAGUCUUCCUGCUGCUGUCAGUCAGACGUCACACAUUAAAGCAGACUUAAUUGAUCUUGAUUAACUGCCAUUUGCUGUGCUGAUGGUGUGCAUCUGCUGCCCC